UAGUCGCGCACACAAGACACCUACUAUAUCUCUCUCUUUCUCUCCUCUCUCCCCCUCCGUCAAGAAUGCCGAACACCUCUUUCUCCAACCAUACCGCCCUCUCCGAUGAGGUGCUCAACGAGUUCAGGAAGCUUCCUCAGGGCGGCAAGAUCAUGGCCGAGUACAUCUGGAUCGGCGGGUCCGGGCAGGACCUCCGCUGCAAGACCCGAACCUUCCCCGCUAAGGAGGGCGGCUACGCCGUGGCCGAUCUGCCCAAGUGGAACUACGACGGCUCCUCCACCGGCCAGGCGCCCGGAGAGGACUCCGAGGUAAUCAUCUACCCCCAGGCCGUCUACCCCGACCCCUUCCGCGGGGGCGACAACAUCAUGGUGCUGUGCGACACCUACGAGCCCGACGGGACCCCGCUCCCUACCAACACCCGCAAGGAGUGCGCCGCUAUCAUGGAGAAGGCGAAGGAGCUGGUGCCGUGGUUCGGUAUCGAGCAGGAGUACACCCUGUUCGAGGCAGACGGCGUCACCCCCUUCGGGUGGCCCAAGAGCGGAUACCCGGGACCCCAGGGCCCGUACUACUGCUCCAUCGGGUACGAGAACGCUUUCGGCCGCCACAUCAUGGAGGCGCACUACAAGGCCUGCCUCUUCGCCGGCGUAAACAUCUCGGGAACCAACGGGGAGGUUAUGCCCGGACAGUGGGAGUACCAGGUGGGCCCCUGCGAGGGCAUCGCCUCUGGAGACGAGCUGUGGAUCUCCCGCUACCUGCUCCAGCGCGUGUGCGAGCAGUUCGGCGUGAUCGUGUCGCUCGACCCCAAGCCCAUCCCGGGAGACUGGAACGGGGCCGGUUGCCACACCAACUACUCCACCAAGCCCAUGCGCGAGGAGGGCGGCUACAAGGAUAUCAUCGCCGCCAUCGAGAAGCUCGGCGAGAAGCACGACGAGCACAUCGCUGCCUACGGCGAGGGUAACGAGCGCCGCUUGACCGGAAAGCACGAGACCGCGUCGAUGGACAAGUUCUCGUACGGCGUCGCCAACCGCGGGGCGUCCAUCCGCAUCGGCCGCGACGUGGAGAAGGAGCAGAAGGGAUACUUCGAGGACCGCAGGCCUUCGUCCAACAUGGACCCCUACGUGGUCACCGGCAUGAUCGUGAAGAGGCGGCCUUCUUAAAUUUCCCCUUUUGUGCCCAAGGCCAAAAACCAGGGGACCCUUUUAGGUUCCCCGGAUCCCUUUGCCCGACCAGGCCCCAUUUUUCCGGGUGAUGUCCCCUCCCAGUUGGGGGGGGGGGGGGGGG